GACUACAUUUCCCGGGGUGCGUUGCGGUCUUUCCGGAAGUGACGCACCACCAGUUGGUUCAGACGCUAAAGCUAUUUUUCUCCUGCACAGGCUGUUGCUAACUGCCUCAGCUAGAACAGGAAUUAAAAAAAUACAAUGAUGUGACAUGGCAGAAGAUGUGUUCGAUGGACAUUUUGUCAGCAUCCUUUCACCUGCACGCGGGAGAGGCGUCCGUGUCAUGAUCGUACGACUGUAGCAACGAGUUUCAGAGUCGCCAUGGAGACUCCAGCGGGAAGUGAGCUUCCUGGCACGGCCGAUGGCAGCCAGCCGUCAGACGCCAUCUCACCUGAUCCUCAGUCGCCCCAGACGCCUCCGGCGGGGAAGCUAAGAAAGACGGCCUUCAAGUUUUUCGGAGGUCGAAAGAGCAUCUGUAUGCUGCCCAGCUUUUUCGUAGGAAGAGGCAAGAGUCAAGGAAGGUGGUCGUCUAAAAUGGGCGUAACCAAGAGUCAGACUUAUGACGGUGUGAGCAGAGCGUGUUGGGAAGACGGCGCCAGAGGCGGCGGUGAUGUGACUUCGGCGGAAUUUGAAUUCCACAACCCGAACGGCUCGAGCGACCUGCACAAAGCGCAGGAGAGUUUCGCGAAGUCGCAGUCCCUCCCGCGACAGAAGAGAGGCCUCAGAGGUCUCUUCAGCAGCAUUCGGAAGCACCGGAAAAGCAAAAGUAAUGCUGAAGCGGAAAAAAACGAGAUGCUUGAAAUGUCCUCGGGUGAAACAGUGCCUGGUAAGUUGACAAACCUCGGUCGUCAUGGAGACAGUAAUGACUGCAAGAGUCACAUAGAUCUGUUAGAGCCGGACGUGCCUAUGGAAUCCAACAGCAGUGAUUUCACAGAAUUGCCUGCCGCUGUUGCUGACGCUUGCACAAUGGAGGAAACACUAGUGCCUGAGAGUUCAAGGAGCAAGGGGAAGGCUGGGGAGGAAGAGGAGGAAGAAGAAAAAAGUGGUGAUGAAUUCCACGACGAGGCAGAAGAAGAGAAAGAACGAAAGAAAAAGGGCGGCCUGGUUACGUAUCGGCAGCCGCUAUCUGCAGACUCUGAGAUGGCGCGCCUCAGUGAACUACACACAGACCUACCUGAGGGAGACCCACCUACAAUCUCCACCUCAACGGACAACUUGAUGUUUGGAGAUGUGUCCUCUCUGAAGAGUUUUGAUUCGUUGACUGGUUGCGGUGACAUCAUCGCUGACCAGGAUGACGUCAGCGUCGCAGAGAGUUCGGUGUCAGGUGAGAGAGGAAGCCGUAAUGCUGGCAAACGCAGCUCCUGCCUUGUUACUUAUCAGGGUGGUGGAGAGGAGAUGGCAACUCCGGACGAAGUGGACAACGAGUACCUGCACAGCCUGUGGGAGUCGGAGGGCAGCGAGGUGUGCUACCUACCAUCGGAGCAGACCAUCAGCCCGUCGUCCACUUCUGAUCAGCCAACCAGCUCCUUCCAUGUCACCACCAGCACUAGUGGCAACACCAGCACUAGUCCUUUGGGAAUCACGGAAACGGUCCUUACGCCUACCGAUCUUCUGACUCCCCAGAGUGACCAACAGGGAUCAGUGCCAAACAGUGAUGAGGGUUACUACGAUUCCACAACGCCUGGAGCUGAUGACGAUACUCGUGAACGUCCGCAGCAGGAAAGACUUCCCCGCGACAGCUAUAGUGGCGAUGCCCUUUACGAACUUUUUGAGCCCGAUGAUAGCUUGCUCAGUCCUCCUCUACCUUCUAAAGACAAUCGAGGAUUGCUGGGUGGUAAAGGAGAUCUUCUUUAUGCCUUGACAUCUGCUGCCUUGGAAUCUGGUGCCAUGGAGACAGAGGAGGAGCGUCUGAGUAAGAUCCAGCAUGCCUUGCUGUGUUGCGAGUUGCAGAACCUGAGAAACCCAUCCAAAGAUCAGCAUCUGUAUUGUAGCGACCAUUUAUACAGUGAUACAAACCCUCUUGAGGGGAAGUACAAAAGCUCAGAAGAGGAACUGCUCCAUCAGUCUGGAUCCAGACCACUGCAAGGAUCCCAAGCCUUAAAAGAAGUUUUGUCUCAUAGCGGGGGUCAGGUGCAGCACAGAACCUUGUACGGACCUACUGCCGAUUCAAGGUUAAGCACACAAGUCUCAAAGGCAGCAAGCCUUGUAAAAGAUGCAGUACUAUAUUCCAAGCAAGAAAGGUGCGAUGCUUCAGACGAUGGCUCUUUACCGCCCACCAGAGGCUGCACCCAAUCACAGGAGGAGCUGAUGGUCUGUUUCUCGCAAGCAUUGGUUGAUUUUACCAAAAACACCAGGCUUUAUCGCAACUCCACAGAGAGUCUGGAUGGCUCGGAAUCUAGCUCACCGUUUGGACCAAGCCUAAGUGCUCUUCCUGCCAUUGUCACUUUCGAUGUGGUGGACAUGGAGAAUGAGGGUGAGUGUGAACAGCCAGAGCUUGUAGAGGAAGAGGAGGAGUUGGCAUCCCCGUUUGAGGCGUUCGAAGAUGACGGCUGCUACUUACAGCAGGACGCUUUUGCCGAGUGUGAUCAGAGAACCUUUGAUGCCUACGAGCAAAGUUUGUUGCUCAGCAACGCUUGGGGUAUCACAAGCCUUCCCCGUCACCUUAGCCUGGGCCGUCCGUGCCCUCCGGUUCCUGCACCGCUCGCUCUUAACCGACGUAGUCGCUCUCUGGAUACGGAUAGUCUUGAGCUCCAGACCAGCGAGCUUUACGCGUCCCUGGUUUCCCAUGGCCAUAAAAUGGCUGCCUCCUUCCACCGCAGGAAAAAUAGUGCCGACACAGGAGACCUUUGCGACAUGGUGCAACAAGGAAGGAACUGGAGACAGGGGCAUAGUUGUGAAUUUGACUCUUCCGAGAAGGAUACCUCCAUGUCUCAGCAGCAACAGAGAUCCUCGUGUGGUACCCCUUGGAUGGAAACGCUGUCAAGUUGUUCUAGUUCUAGCUGUCAGCCAACAGUUAGACCUUCACACCUCCCCCUACAGGCUGCUUAUCCUAAUAGCAGCGCAGCACGAAUCCAGAAAACCAGUGCCGAAGGAGACGUUUCGGGUGGCGGUCACAGUGAUCAGUACCCUUGUAAUCAUCCUCCAGGAGGACAGUGGAAAAGUCGACCAGUCGGUAUCACCCAGGGUAUACCUCAUCACCGAUCCGACCAAUCAGAGGCUGCAAGAGAGAUUACGACCAAGAACAGGAGGACAGACAUGGAGCUGGGAUUCUCCACAGCAACGCCCAAACGCAACAUGUAAACACCCAGAAAAAAACAAAAACAAAACAAAAAGUAAACAGGUCUCAUGGCCAAAGACACAGCUGGAUGUUUACUGACCGUCAUGAUUUGUAUCUUUCGCACAUAUUUACUGUUACUGUUACUGUUAUCUUCUUACAGUUAUAAGCUAUUAUAUUUUAGUGAUGGUGUAUUUUUUUUUUUUGUUGUUGUUUUUUUCCUUCAGACAUCUAUGAUGUCUUUUUAUUUGCCAUGUUGUUUGGCAUUUAUGUAGCAGGUGUCUAUGAUUAUAUUUGCCUUUGUUUUCUGGUUUGCAAGUCUUCUUGACUCGCUAGACAGUUAAAACCCAUUCGACAGAAAUUUUUACGAUAUGCUUGUGCGCGUUUGAACCGAAACUGUGCUAGCAUGCUAAAGUUUCUGCUGCUAUUCCUACUGGACACCACAGAUUAGAAGUGUUGAACCUUGAACCUUUUUUUUUUUUUUUUUUUUUUUUAAACAAACAAACUGACAAUUAUUGGUUAACAUCUUUAUGAUCUUUAUCGUUAUCCCCUGAACACUUUUGAUAGACUUUUUCAAAAGAUAGUUUUCCGUGCUACACUUUGUUUUUGUUUUUUUUUUGUUUGUUUUUUUUAUGUUUUUUUAAUUUGUAGUUACCACAUUUUUGACACUCGUAGGGACCUUUUGGUGAACAUGGUGAUGCUUGGGAACAAAAAAAAAACCCUUUGAAGUUUUAUACGUUCAAAUUAUGUUCUUUGUUGUACUUGGACAGCCGUUUUUCAAAUUUGUUUUUAUGAUGUUCCCCAGUCGUUAGUGUUCGAGAAAAAAAAAAUCUGUAGCUCAUCAAUGAGUCAUGUUUUUCAAAAAAUAUAAAAAUAAAAAUUAAUGUAAGUA